GACAAGCGAAAUGCAUUUUAAUUUGUGAAAAAAUAGCAUUAUUUUGCUAACUGUUGGUGAGAGGUGUUAAGUUUUGUGCGGGUUACGUGUACGCAUAUCGAAAGACAGUAAAAGUUGUACCAAAAACGGACAAAAACGAGAGUUAACAAGCGGCUUCAAGAUGGCGAUGUCCAAAACAACAAACACUUACAAUCGGCAGAACUGGGAAGAUUCGGAAUUCCCGAUUCUUUGUCAAACAUGCCUCGGUGACAAUCCUUACGUCCGGAUGAUUAAAGAGCGGUACGGCAAGGAGUGCAAAAUCUGUACCCGCCCUUUCACCAUCUUCCGCUGGUGUCCCGGCGCCCGGAUGCGGUUCAAGAAGACGGAAAUCUGCCAAACAUGCAGCAAACUGAAGAACGUCUGCCAAACCUGUCUGCUGGAUCUCGAGUACGGUCUGCCGACGCAGGUGCGCGAUGCGGCCCUCAAGAUACAGGACAAGAUACCGGAAAGUGAUGUGAACAAAGAGUUCUACAUCCAAAACAUCGAGGCACAGCUUAAGGCGGGCGGUGAUAAUACGGUGGCCGCCGGUGCGGUCGGUAAAUCGUUGGCGGCCAGCGACAUGCUGGCGAAGCUGGCCCGCACCGCACCGUACUACAAACGCAAUCUACCUCACAUUUGCUCGUUCUGGGUGAAGGGUGAAUGCAAACGCGGGGAAGAGUGUCCGUAUCGGCACGACAAACCAGUCGAACCGGACGAUCCGCUUUCGGAACAGAACAUACGCGAUCGGUACUAUGGGCGUAACGAUCCGGUGGCAGACAAGCUGAUGAAGCGUGCCGCUUCCAUACCGACGCUCGAUCCACCGGAAGAUAAAACCAUCACCACACUGUACGUGGGCAACUUGGGCGACCAUCUUACGGAGGUGGACAUACGCGACAACUUCUACCAUUACGGCGAGAUUCGGUCGGUUUCACUCGUGCCACGCCAGCAGUGCGCCUUCGUGCAGUACACGAAGCGAGCCGCGGCCGAGCUGGCGGCGGAGAAAACGUUCAACAAACUUAUUCUCGGUGGCAAGAAGCUCACCAUCAAGUGGGCACACUCGCAGGCCAAGUCGACGGCUUACGCCCAGCAAAGUUCCGCUCCACGGGGGUCCGGUGGUGCCGGUGGGAACCGAAUCUUCGAUCCCGUCCCGGGUCUGCCCGGACAGCUACCGUUACCGCCAAAUCCGACCGAUUACUUUAACCUGCAGGCCUCGGAGAUGGCCGUGCUGCCGCCGGGCAUGAAAAUACACCAGCUGCCGCCUGGUCUCAUUCCCGGGGCGCCCAGUUACGCGUCAAUGUACCAGCAACAGCAAGGACAAGGGCCGGGAACGGGCGGUGGCAGUGGGAAACCCGGUACUAGUGCAGGAUCGGCGCAAGGUAUGAUGCAUCCCCCGUCGAUGCCGGGCAUGCAGCAACAGUUGCACUAUCCCAGCCAGGAUCCCGCCCGGUUAGGGGCCCUGAAGAAGUAAACGUGUAGCAAGCCACAUAUGUCU